AUAUAAAUCAGUUUAUAAGGUAUUCAAUUUACUUGAGACAACCACAAACAUGAAGAAUGGGGUGAAGGAAGUUCAUGUGGUGAUCAUGAUGAUGUUACUGCAGAUUGUAGCUGCGGGAGUUAAUGUAGCAGAAGCUGAUGAGAUUUCUCCUUCCGCGUCUCCAACAUCUUCCCCUCCCACUCUUCCUCCCUCUCCAUUUGCUACGCCCUUUCUCUCUCCACUGGAUGAAACUUGUGCUCACGUAAAAUGUGCUGAGGAAUGUGAUCUCUUUUGCUUUUACCCUGGAUUAUUUCCUAAAAUGGCAUACAUGGAAUGUAUUCGAUCUUGUAUGGAUCGUUGUGCUCAAAGGUUUCGACUUCCAACAGUACCAUCCGACAUCCUGACUCUUGGUUGUCCGAAGUUCUUGACAAACAUUUUUGAACAUGUCCUAGAGGCCAUGAAAAGUGCUGGAAGGAAGAAAGUGAAAGAGUUGCCAGGUCGCUUCUAGGUUGUGGUUCUACUGCGGACAAGUUAAGUUUGCUUACUAUAUAAACUUUGGCUUGUUUUUGCUUUUUACGAGCUUGACAACAAGCUUGUAAUCCUCAAAUAAGAUUUUGGACUUGUGCUUAUGCUUACAUGUGAUUCCUAAUCAAAUCCUUUCUCAUAUCUCCUUGUAAAUUUACGAGCUUAUAUCAUAGUAUUUAGAUUAAACUUGCAUGUA